GCUCUCGGAGUCCUUUGAGGAUGACUUCGUAAGUGGUGAAGGGAAUGUUUUCUGUGCAGAACUCAAGAUACACCAACAAAACAACAGAAGUUCAGAGGUGCCGGAAAAACCAUACAAAGGUAUCAUAGAUGGUCCACAGAGACCUGACGGACCAGAGCAAGGUACCUCCUCAUCUUGCAGAAAGAAAACAACCACCCUGUUUACAACGGCUAAGCAAUCCGAUAGAUUUUACAGUAAAAAAAUCAAUCUCAGAGAAACCGUUCACUUAGAAACAAUUUAUUCUGAAAUUGACCUGGACCAAGAGAAGAGCGUCUGGAUGCUUCCUGAGCCCUUGAGCGGACAGUUCUCUAUCACUCCACCAAAGAAGACAACACUAAGUUCUCCCUCUUCAACUCCUCCAAAGCUAUCUCCUAAGUUACCGAAUAAACCAAAUACCUCCAUGGAGCCGCAAGGGUCACAGCUGCCGUCUGCCACAUACGCCACCUCUCUUGCGAUUGACAAAGAUCCUCCAAAGCCAAACCAUCCAAAAACUUUGCCUGAUUCACCGAGGGAGACCAUGUAUGGCCAGAUCAACAAGAUGAAGUCCCAUUAUGCGACGGUGUCUACCUGUGACAAGACAAGCAAUAUGUACGAACAGGUCUCUUUCGGGCGGCUGAAGGGCGUCACCCAUGAGCACGAUUCAGAAAAGCUUUCCAAGGCCUUGCCAACAAAACCCAAACUGAGUUAUGACUGGGUUUCUCCAAAGAGUGGGAGACCAUCAAAGAUGCAGCCCUGUCCUGAGAAUCCAUGCAGAAAGGUCCCUGAUAAUGUCACCAAAAUCUCGCCAUCGAGAAAGCAUGUUCCUACCAUGGAGAACACCUAUGAACAAAUUCCCUUCAGCCCUGCAAAAGGGACCGAGGCCAAGCCAAGCCAAAAGAUUGACAAACCCAGAAGGUUCUUCUUUACGGACAAGAAGACUAAAUUCUGAAUGCGGCCAUCGAAAAAGUUGCGUUGAGCCCACAUCUGCCCUGAAGAUCGC